CUGUUAUACAUUUUGGUGCCACUAACACUAUUGUAGAAAACGGAACAUUUUUACAGUUUUAUUGUACAGCUGAAGGUUAUCCUCCACCCAACAUUUCCAUUUCAAAAGGAAAUGUAACUAUUGCUCAGAAUUCUAGUGGAUAUGAUUUACUUCAUAACAAAUCGAUGUAUUGCAAAGAUUCUGGUACUUUUAUUUGUGAAGCCAACAAUGGAAUACUUUUUAAUAACAAAAACUCAAAACAAAUUACGGUAUUUGUUAGAUGUCCUUUACAGUUUACAUUUUCUGAAGUAAUUAGGAACUUCACUUUUCAAGAAGGAAAGACAUUUUCAUACAAUGUUACUAUGUACGGAUAUCCAGAGCCAGACAAAUUUAUAAUAUAUAAAUCUAAUAAAGAAACAACUAAUAUAAUUAUCACCAAGUUACCACUGGAAGCUCCCUAUAUAAGUGUAGAACUAAAGAUUGACAAGAUAACAUCUUCAGAUUUUGAUCAUUACACACUUGUUAUCUUUCAAAGUGGAGUACCAAGUUUGACAUUUCAAUUCACUGUAAUUGAAGAGAAGGAGACAUCUAUCAAUGUGGCUGCUGUUGUGGGUGGAUGUGUUGCUGCAUGUUUUGUGGUAAUAAUUAUCGUAGCUGUUUGUUAUGCCAAAAGAAAAUAUGAAAUAAAUCUAACAUGUAAGAAAAAACAUUUAAAUACAUCAACAAAAGAACCGCAUAAUUAUUCUGAGCUCUCAACUGUACAACAUCAAGACAAACAUAAUUAUGAAACUCCAAUGAGCAUCACAAAUUUGUCUAUACCGGAAACAACUACACAGUAUAUUAAUGUAAAAGAACAAAGUCAAUCCCAUUCUGCAUAUGAAGAAAUUGACAACAUUUAGUAUUAUUCAAAUGUAUAGGAAUAUGGAUUAAUUAAAAUAUAAUGUAUUCAAUACCCAUGAGUUCUAAAGCAUGGAUUGUAGACUUACAGCAGUAGGGGAGACUGUAAAAGUAAAAAAAAAAACACUAUAUUUACGGGAACUCUACUUCUGACAUUAUUCUAUCAAUUCUAGAUAUUUUAGUUCAUUUAGCAAAUUUUUAUUUUAAAUUAAAAAAAAAACACGUUGGGAUCUCCACAAAAUACUUGCCAGGGCCUGCACGAUUGAAAAAAAAGAUAAAUACAAUUAUAAUAUUUAGAGUGUAUACAAUUUGUUUAAGUGUGAAUUUAUAUGUUCAAAUAUUAUUAGCUAAGAAAUGUACUAUUUAUCCUUAAAUAUAUAUUUAAAUGUAAUAAACGAAGUGAUCGGCAUACUGUUAAAAAUGAGGAGAUCUUAACUAAGAUUGAGAUAAUAAAAGAA